CCACACACCACAGAAUUCAUAAACCACUCGCCUUGGCUUCACGGAUCAGACAGAGUGAUGGCUUCCACAAUCUCUUCGUCUUUAGUUUUAUCGCUCCCUCGUGUGCGAAUUGCGCACCCUGUCUCUUGCAAGGCGCAGACUCCUAAACCAGCGCCAGUACUUCAUACCAACCGGAGGAACUUAUUACUUUUCUCGUUGACGGCAAUGCCGGUUUUAACAGCGAGAGAAUCUGCGGGUUUGGCGCAGGACAUUCCGCUGUUCGGUUUGAGGAAGAAUCUGAAGAAGGCAGAGGAGGAAGCGGUGGAAAUUGUGAAGGAAGCAGAGAAAAAGAUAGAAACGGCAGAGAAGGAGAUUGUGAAAGAAGCAAAAAAGGCGGAGAACGAAAUCGAAACGACAGUGAAUUUUGGAGCGUUGGCACAGGCGGGAGCUGUAGCUGGAGCAGAGGUUAUCGGAGUGGUGGUUGCUAGUGCUGUCGUUAAUGGAAUUUUGGGACCUGAACCACGAAAGUCUUGAGGAUUUUCAUAAUUAUCAAUCUUUUUUUAAUGUUUUUGCUGUAUUGUUUUAUUAAGUUAUUGUAAUUAUGGAAAUUUAAUGAAUAAUAAUUAUUUUCUCCAUUGAAAAUUUAGUUA